AUGGCGACGGGCAGGGAUGGAGCCCGCGCGGCUUCCCAGGCCCCGCGUCUUGGAGCCAUUUUGGGGGAACCCCGCGGCCGCGGCCCGGAGCACCCCCAAGGCCUUCCCGCGCACCCCAACUUAGAGCGGGGGCCCGGGCUCCUAGGGGCCCCGCGCGGCAAGCCAGGGACCAGCCCAUUUGAAUAUUCGCGGCUUCUGGAGAUGUCGCCCUUAUCUUCGGACAACCCCCCCCCCCCGCCCCCACAGUAUUUUUCUCCCGAGCCAGGGCCCAGGCAGUGUGGUCAUCAGGCCCAGCCCUUUGGUGCUGGGUUCGGGGCCCUCGCCUCUGGCCUAAAGGGUCUUUUGGUCCCCUUGUCCAAGGCCAAAAUUGUCACUCAGUGCCACGGCCUGGUCAACUGCCUGGUGUCUUGCAGUGCCCUGCAGGAGCAGAAGGGCGAGCUGCGCAAGCGGCUGUCCUAUACCACGCACAGGCUGGAGAAGCUGGAGUCGGAGUUCGGCUCCACACGCCACUACCUGGAGAUUGAGCUGCGGCGGGCCCAGGAGGAGCUGGACAAGGUUACGGAGAGACUGCGCAAGAUUCAGAGCAACUACCUGGCGCUGCAGCGGAUCAACCAAGAGCUGGAGGAUAAGCUGUACCGGAUGGGCCAGCACUAUGAGGAAGAGAAGCGUGCGAUGAACCACGAGAUUGUCGCCCUCAACAGCCACCUGCUGGACGCCAAGGUGACCAUUGACAAGCUGUCGGAGGACAACGAGCACUAUAGGAAGGACUGCAAUCUAGCGGCCCAGCUGCUGCAGUGCAGCCAGAACCACUGCAGGGUCCAUAAGUUGUCUGAGCUGCCCUUGGAAUUCCAGCAGUGUGUGAGCAUGCAUAUGGAGAAGCAUGGCUGCAGCUCUCCGCUGUGCCAUCAGGCCUACGCUGAUUGCGUGCCCCCGUGCAUCCUGGCCAAGGUGCUGGAGAAGCCAGACCCUGGAAGUCUGUCCUCGCACCUGUCGGAUGCCUCUGCCUGCGACCUGAGCUUCUGCGAAGGAGUGGAGGAGAAGUCGGGCCAACGACCCCCGUACAAGGAAGACAUCUACUGCAGCGACGCGGCUCUCUACUGCCCCGAAGAGCACCAGCAUGACCGCCGCCCCAGCGUGGAGACACCGGUGGCCGACGUGGGCUAUCUGCGGGCGCAGAAUUCCAUCGACAGCGCGGCAGAGGAGGAGGAGGCCGGCGCGGCGGCCUACCCUGAGGCCUUCCGCCGCCGCGAUGCCUACCCGGGCUACGCGGCCUCGCUGCCCACGUCCAGCUCCUACUCCAGCUUCAGCGCCACGUCCGAGGAGAAGGAGCACGGGCAGGCGAGCACGCUGACCGCCUCGCAGCAGGCCAUCUACCUAAACAGCCGCGAUGAGCUCUUCAACCGCAAGCCACCUGGUGCCGCCUAUGGGAGCAGCCCUCGCUUCGCCACGGCCUCGGCCUCGGCUACCCUGGCCUCCCCGCUGGAGGGCCAGGUAGCCCCAGGCUAUGCUCGGACAGUGUCUCCGUACCAGGCCGAGUCCUACCGCUUCCCGACCUCGCCAAGUCCCCAGCAGGCUCUGAUGCCUCCGAAUCUGUGGAGCCUGCGGGCCAAGCCAAGCGGUGACCGGCUGGUCGGAGAGGACAUGCGAGGCCAGUGGCGACCCCUGAACGUGGAGGAUGUCGGCGCCUACCCCUACCAGGCGGGCAACGGAGGCCGCGACUCGCCCUUCUCAGAACGUUUCUACCGCGGCGGCGGCGGCGGCGGCGGCCGCGAUGGUCUCGAUGGUCGCGAUGGCCACGGCGGUCGCGGCGGCGGCGGUCGCGGCGGCGACCUUGGUGGGGGCGGUGCAGCUGGCGGCGGCAGCCCGGGCAAUAGUGCUGAGGGCCGUGCCAGCCCCCUCUAUGCCUCCUACAAAGGCGAUAGUUUCUCGGAGGGCGAUGACCUCUCCCAGGGUCAUCUGGCUGAGCCCUGCUUCCUCCGAGCCGGUGGGGAUCUGAGCCUCAGACCCAGCCGUUCAGUUGACCCUCUCGCUGGCUAUGCAACCGGUGAGAGAGAUAGGGGUAGGGGUAGGGAUAGGAAUAGGCUCCGGAUGCAGCUGUGUGGGGCUGGCAGCAGCCCGGAGCCUGAGCAAGGUUCCAGGGAUUCCUUGGAGCCCAGCUCCAUGGAGGCCUCUCCUGAAAUGCACCCUCCCUCCCGUCUUAGCCCCCAGCAGGCCUUCCCCAGGACUGGAGGCUCUGGGCUGAGCCGUAAGGACAGUCUCACUAAGGCCCAGCUCUACGGUACCCUGCUCAACUGACUGCCACCAGCUGGCUGCAGUCAGGGGCCCCCACUUUACCCUGCCCCAUAGAGGGAGUAGUCAGCCCCCACGUGCCCGACCCCUGCUGCCCCAUAGAGGGCGUGGUCAGCCCCCACGUGCCCAACCCCUGCUGCCCCAUAGAGGGAGUGGUCAGCCCCCACGUGCCCAACCCCUGCUAAGGAACUCUAGUUCCUCCUGACACCCCUUACAAACACCCCAGUAAAACCUGAAAAAGCAACCCUCUCUGCUUUCGUCUUGUUCACCCCAGCCUCUGCUACAACCUCUACCCAGAAAACACUGCGCCCUCCCCUGAAGUGAGCAUUCCCCAUUCUGUAAGUGAAACUAUUUUUGUAGGGAAAAGGGUGUUUCUUCAAGCACUUGCCUCCAGCUUCUGGAUGGCAGCCUUGGCAUUCCCCACAUGAAGCUCCUUCAUUUCCAGUGAGGGUGCGUGGGGCUUGCCCCAGGGAAGGGGAGGCGGGGGCCCAAGGGGGACCAGUCUCUACAAGUGGGGAGAAGCUAGAAAGCCAGCAGCAAGGGAUCCAUGAUGUUCUGUCCGCUGAGAAGGGGAACUAAAGCCACUUAGGGCGCAGAAUUGUCUUACGCACCCGUACCCGCAGCCGUCUCACAGUCGCACCCGUACCCGUACCUGUCUCACAGUGCACCCAGGACUCCGCCCUGAUCCACCCUGAGCUCUUCCAUGGCCCGGCCUGUGGGCCCAAGAGGGGCCAGGGAUACCCCCAGAACAGCCGGUGCUUGUUCCUCCCCACCCCCUCCCUAUACCACCUGACUCUACCUCAGAUAUGAGGCUCCUCCCACCCCCACCCCACUCCGCACCCCCUACCGCUUUGUGCAACUGUGAUUUGUGAUGCAUGCCGUCAAUUAGUACUGUAUUUCGCAUUCCCUAAUAAAGCACAGCAAUGGAAAGAA